CAGGAAGUCUCGCGAAUAACGAUAAUAAACGAGACAAAAAUCAGUCAACGAUGAAGAAAUUUUCUGUACAUUCAACAUAAACAACGUUGACAAUUUCGAAAUGACUUGACAAACAGUGAACUUAAAUAAUGAAUUCCAUAAGGAAAUGGUUGUACAAGCCGAGGAAAACUGACAACACCUUGUUGGCUCAGUUUUUCUUUGCUGAUGAAGACCUCAAUCUGGUAGCAGCAGAACUAGACAGCUUUGAUGGACGCAAGGACCCUGAGAGGUGCACGAUGCUGGUUAACCAGCUUAGGGUAUGUCAGGAUAAGGUCCUCACUGUGAUACAGAGGAUAAUGGAGGACGCCAUUCCCACUGAGCGCGCAAACAGAGACUUUCGGGUGAAGUUUCCCGAUGAUGUGUUGCAAGAGAGUUUGGCUGGACAGCUUUGGUUUGGAGCUGAGUGUCUUGCUGCUGGGUCAAGUAUUUUGAAUCGAGAAGUGGAGAGUGCCAGUAUGCGGCCAUUGGCCAGGGCCUUGACGAAGAACCUAGACAGCCUCAGGUCCAUACUCAGGGAUCAGUGCCUUAAAACAUGUACAGAAUACACAGACAGGAUCAAGGAAGCGCUGGUGAUAUUUGACAAGCUGUUUGCGGAGUUUGAGCUUAGCUACGUAAGCGCCAUGGUGCCUGUGAAGACCAUGAAGGAGUAUGACAUGCUGCAGGAGGUCACGGUGCUCUUCUCAGAGACAGUGCACAGGGCAUUGAAGGUGAACCUUCUUAGCCAGGACAUGAUAGAUGACUGUGAUCCCGCCCUGAUGUUCACCAUUCCACGACUGGCCAUCGUCUGCGGGCUGCUGAUUUACCCCAAUGGUCCUUUGAAUCCGGACAUGGAGCCAACUAGCAUGUCAGAAAUGUACCGGCCUUUUCAGACACUGCUGCAGAAAAUCAGAGAACUGCUGCACACAUUGAGCAGUUCAGAGCUUUCAAUGCUUGAGAAGUCCCUGUGCAGUUCUGAAGAACCAGAGACCUCUUCCACACACUCAGUGGCCAGUCAAUCAGAAGCCUCCUCUCAAAUUGACCAGGGCUUUCAUGAAGGGGGUGAAGGCAUCGUCUCAGUAACGGUCGAUCAGAUUGGUUCAGAUCUGCUUGACCAUUCUUCCUGCUCUGGUAGCCCUGUGACUCCAGUGAAUGAACUUCUAGAUGCUCCAGAUUUCGGACAGCUUUCGCCAUCGUCCACAAUCAUGGGAGAGCACUGUGAUGAUGUUGAUCUAAUAUGUUUGAAUAUGAACUUGAAUAAGUCCGAGUCGCAAGAUUCGGGUCUGCAGAGUGAGAAUGCUAGCACACAGGAUACAGUGCCUGCUGACUUCCCAGUCUCACCAGCUGGCGACAUUGGCAAUGAAGCUGGUAUCGAAUUGCUUGGCAAUGAAGCUGGUAUUGAAUCGCUUUGUGACCAUGGGACUAUGGAUGCUGACGUUGACAACAAACUCACCAAAGCCUUUUGUGAUUGUGACAUAUCUACUUGUGAAUCGACUUUGUGUGAUACGGAAAUGACUGGUGCAAUAAGUGACUCGAUAGUUGUUGGGACUGAAUCACAGUGUGAAUCUAGUGCUUCAAAUGGUGAUCUGUGCAGUUCGAAUUAUGACUUGAUUUGUGAGUCCACUAAUGCAAUGGCUGACAGUGUCAUUGAAUUCUUGCCAUCACAGACUAACAUUAGUUCAGAAAAUACAAGAAAUAAAAACGAAGAAAAUUUAAACACAAACAUGUUUAGUGUGCUUAACACUGAAGUUAGUAUUCAGAGUGAUAAUUUAGUAGAUAGACAAGGCGAAAAUGGCUUUACUGGAUCAAAUAUUGAAAUUAACUUGGGAACUGAAAAUGCAGACAGCCAAGUGAAUGACACUGAAACUGAUCAGAAUAGAGAAUCUGCCUCUAGUAGACCAGCCUCUUUGCUAGACAGACAGUUUAGCUGGCAGUAUAAUGUGCAGUUUGCUUUGCCCCGUAUCACCAUGACACCAGACUAUGAAUUGGAGAGGCAGUCUUCAGGCUCCAUAUCAAGUGAUAGCACAUUGUCUGACACUGGCGUACAUGUGGAGAGUGUUUCAGACUUUGUCAACGAAUCUCUUGCCACAAUGACAAUGCCUGAUCGUGAGGUGCACGUGUGUCCCAUUAAUAAAGUUGUUUCUAAAGUUAAACGCACUGACAGGGUUGGGCGGCGGCAUCGACAUUCCAGUAGGGAAUCUGCCUUAGCGUCAAUAUCAAAUCAAAAUUGUUCAGCAGGGACGAGCGAUGUAGAUAUAGACUUAUCAUUGCCGUCAACCUCACAGAGUUCAACUGCUCAAAAUAAACCAAGGGGCAUAUCAACUACUCACGAGAAGAGAGACUCUGUUGAGAACAUUUCUUGUGAAAUUGGUGCUCAAACUGAUAACAAAGAUGACAUGACAUCAGAACAUUCGAGUACAUCUUACACUGAAGGAAGCUGCAUGUCUGAAUCCAAAGCUUUGCAGACGAAAUGUGAUAAUAAAGGGGGUAGUGUGAAUGGUGAUGCUUCAAAUGAGUGUUGUGACAGUGUAGCCUGUGAUGAGGAAUGCAGUGUUACCAGUUGCUCAAGCUCUCAGAGAACAGCCUCCAGUAUCAGCUGUGACUGUGAUUCUGAACAGUGCUGCAGUUGUGCGGGCAGUGAGACCAGCUCGUGCAAUUCUGAGAUGAACGAUGAGGAGGAGAUCGCCCUGGCGAUACGAGCUGCGGAGGCUGCGUCCCGGAAAGAGGCCCGCUCUCGAUUCCGCAGUAGUGGAGACCUUAUACACAGGCUCUUUGUGUGCAUAGCUGGUGUUGCAGACCAACUGCAGACAAACUAUGCCAGUGAUCUGCGCCACAUUCUCAAGUGUGUUUUUGAAAUGAACACCACCGAUGAACCAGAGACUCCACAGCCUGUCAGCCAUCCACUCGCAAUCAGUGAGGUGGCUGAGGUGGCCGCACCAACACCCAGUACGUCUCAAGUGCCGAGUGAUCGACCGACUCAAGAGCGUUCAUUGCCUAGCAACAGUAACCAAUCUGUGCCUUCUACCAGCAGUACAUAUACCCACAGUAGAAAUCAAAACAACAGAUCUCAGCCCACCUCUAGACGCAUUUUUGAUGAGCCCCCAGAGUGGGUACCUGAUGAUGAGGUAGAGAGAUGCACCGCUUGCAAGACCCCAUUCACGUUUGUACGGAGGAGACACCAUUGCAGAAACUGUGGCAAGAUAUUCUGUGGCAAAUGCUCCUCAACGACCGUGCCUUUACCACAGUAUGGCCACCAGAAGCCUGUGCGUGUGUGCCAUAGGUGUUUCCUCUACCAAGUCUCACACUUCACCGUCUCCCAUUAGACCUAAACAGAAUGUGUGCAUCUGUUGACAUUAACCAGGGUUAACACUAGAUUGACUUAGAAUCUGUUGGCUUUUUACCAGCACUCUCAGUAGGUUGGCACAUAAUCUGUGCAUCUUUUGACAUUUUUCAUCACCCAGUUGCUAUCAAAAUAUUUACAACCCAUAACAUUUUAAUUUUGAAACACAAUCUCAUAAACAGUCCGCUUAAAUUGACGUGUUUAUGAAAAAUGACUGUUUAUUCUAAAUAAAAUCUUUUCACAGACUGUAACUUUGAUGUAUGAUAUAUUUUGAGUGGCCAUAAAUGCUUUGAACAGCCAUGUCCCUGUUGCAACUUAGAUGUGUGUUUUUAUCGUUCUAACAAUUGCAAAAUACUGUCAGAGUUAUUAGCAUUUGUUUUGUCUUUGUCACAUGCUUAAUGCUUAUUUUAAUGUCAUUGAACUGUUUUCAGUUGUUACUUUAUUUCAGACACUAAUGUAAUUGGUUUUAGAUAUAUAUAUAUACAUACUUAUUAGUCAUAUGAUAUAUGCAGAUGUCAGCAUUUUUAUUGUCAUAUGUAAAAUGUAUCCUGUCUUUUACCUCUGUUUUUUGCACACCUGAUGAGCUGGUGAGCUUUUGUGAUCACCUUUUUUACGUCAACAUUUGCCUUGUUAACACUCUAUAGGCUACAUUUAUUGUCCGAUCUUCAUAAGAAUUUGUCAGAAGAUAUCAUGAACGAGUUCAAAAAUGGUUCUGGUUGGUUGAAAAAUAUGGCCGCAAGGGGGCGAGGCAUUUUUCCUUAUAUGGCUAUAGUUAAACCUUGUUAACUCUGUAAAAGUCACAGUUAUAGUUCAAUCUUCAUGAAACAUGGCCAGAACAUUUGUUCUAAUCAUAUCUUGGAGUUCAUUGAACAGGUUAGUUCAUUUGUAUCUCAUGUGAGCGACUUUGGGCCUUUCAGGCCCUCUUGUUAAUAUAAGUAACAACCAUUUUGGUAUAAAUCAAACUACAUUUGUUGCACUAAUUUUAACUGUGCAUGACUAUCUGAAUGUUAUAGUUCGAAAUUAAUAAUAGUUAUUUUCUAAUGUGUUAUUUCCUCAGACUAUUAUGCUAUGAUGAAUUAUCAAUGCGAUUGUUUGUAUUUCUAAUAAGUUUACUCAAAUUUCUUAAGGCAGCCUUUUUUUUGGUAGUGUAUUGAUUGCCUUAGAAGAACAAGUGACAAUUAUGUUAAUUGUGUAGUCUCUUCUAUGAAGAGAGAAUCAGGUGAAGAUUUUAAUUGAAUGUAAAACAUCAACUAUGGUACCUAGAAUGUUGUUUUAUUUUUGUUAAAUAACCCCUAUAAUUUAAAUUUGUUGAUAAUGUUCAGUCCUUCCCAAAAUUAUAAUUUAUUGCUGGCCAUGAGGUCCUAUAAUCAUGCAGCCAUUUCCAGCCCAGACUGAUUAUUUCAGGCCCAAAAAGUAAAAAAUGACGACGAAAGACAAAGAUGACAUUUUUAACAAUAUUUUAAUAUUAUCAGAUUAAUUUAAUGCCCUGCUUGCUUACGAAUUAAUCCGAUAUAACGGGAACCAAAAGUAUGUGGUAUUGUUCUCUCCUUUUGCGAAUCUACUCAUAUAGUGAUGACGUAGUGUGUAAUUUGCUUUGAUGACGCAGCAAAAAUCUUUGGAUACCGUAUAUGCACGUACGUUAUUCAAGAAAUGCAACCAAUGAAAAAAUGUUUUACAUGAUUGGAGUAUUCAUAAAUAACUCAGUAAAUUCCCACUUUUGCCUUAAAAGUUUUCUGGAAAUAGCUUAUGGAAUUCCAAAUUUCGCCACAAUUUUAUAACCGGACACGAGGUCCGGUAAUAUUAGAAUCAUUUCCGGAUUUUCCAAAUUAUUAUCGGAAAAAUCCGAGGACCGACGGUAUUUCGGAAAGACUGUAAUGUUGCAUUCUUUUUGAAUGUGCCUUUUCAAAGUUAAAAUCAUUUAUCGCAUAAUAAUAUUUUUGUGAUGGCUUUGGACAAGUGGUUCAUUUGAAGACUGAAAUUUCCUGAAUGAAUUGAGCCUGCAGAAAACAUGAACAUCUGCCUCUUGGAAAUAAUGACUUUAGUGCAUUAUAACCUGUUUUUCUUAAUUGGUCAGUUUGAAAUUAAAUUUUGGAUAACGAUUGACAUUACAUUGAUGUAUAUUUAUUUUUUUGAAAACAAUAGUCUUUGCUUUCUUGUAUAUUUAUGUUUUCACUGCUCAUCUGAGUUAUUUUAUUUGUACAUGUAUAAUGUAUAUGAUUAUUAUUGUUGUUGUUGUUGUAAUAUGCUUGUAAUACGCUUUAUCAAAAUGCUUUUAUAGAGCAAAAUAUGUUAAUUCCUGUAACAGUACACAAUUGUAAUUCUCAAUAUGUAUACAUCACAUUAUUUAAAUUACACUUGAGUGUGUUUAAAGCUCACCUGAGAAAAACAGUGAUAUAGUGAGAUUUUGUGAUUGUCCCUAUGUAUUGUCUGUUUUCAUACAAUAUCAACUUUUCAAUCUAACAGCUAAUAUUAUAAAGCUGCUCUAUCAG